GCUACAAUACCUCUAGCAGACACCAAUUCCCCAAUCAAGGACUGACACCUGUCCUCUCACAGUGUUCUCUCUUUCCAUAUAUAACACCAUUGGUUACUGAUCAUACCACUGGAAAUUCAAAACCUGUGACAGAUUUCAGUUCAAAUACAAUCAUCAUUUUUCAGUUACUGGAAUUCUGGAAUUCUCUGUCCUGGGUUCUGGUCGUUUGUUCAGUUAACUUCCUUUAGAAAUUUCCUUUGCUUGUUCACAUGGUUGUGGAACUUGAAAAGGUUGCUGCAAUGGAGAACUCCAAUGGCAAUGUGUUUCAACUAAUUGUGAAACAAGGGAAUCCUAGUCUGGUUGUUCCAGAAAAGAAGACAGAAAAAGGUCUCUAUUUUCUCUCUAAUCUUGAUCAGAACAUUGCAGUGAUUGUACGUACAGUCUACUGCUUCAAGUCAGAUGAAGAAGGGAAUGAAAAUGCUGCAGAAAUUAUCAAGAAUGCCUUGAGAAAGGUUCUUGUUCACUACUACCCUCUUGCAGGGAGGCUAACAAUAAGCUCCGAGGGAAAGCUUAUUAUAAAUUGCACCGGAGAGGGUGCUGUUUUCGUUGAGGCUGAGGCAAAUUGUGCAAUGAAAGAUAUUGGAGACAUUACAAAGCCUGAUCCAGACACUCUUGGGAAGCUGGUUUAUGACAUUCCUGAUGCAAAGAACAUUUUGCAGAUGCCUCCUCUGGUGGCUCAGGUGACCAAGUUCAAAUGUGGUGGAUUUGUUCUUGGAUUGUGCAUGAAUCAUUGUAUGUUUGAUGGAAUUGGUGCUAUGGAAUUUGUGAACUCAUGGGGCGAAACAGCUAGAGGCUUGCCACUUUCUGUCCCUCCAUUUACCGACAGAAACAUUCUCAAAGCCAGGAACCCACCAAAGAUAGAGCAUCUUCAUCAAGAAUUUGCUGAGAUAGAAGACAAAUCUAACACCAAUAGCCUUUAUAAAGACGAUGAAAUGCUCUACAGCUCCUUCUGUUUCGAUCCUGAAAUGCUCGAAAGGAUCAAAAUGAGAGCCUUGGAAGAUGGGGUUCUUGACAAGUGCACUACUUUUGAAGGUCUCUCAGCAUUUGUGUGGAGAGCUAGAACCAAGGCACUCAAGUUGCUGCCUGAUCAACAAACAAAGCUUCUAUUUGCUGUUGAUGGAAGGCCAAAAUUCAACCCACCAUUACCAAAAGGGUACUUUGGAAAUGGAAUAGUGUUGACAAAUUCUGUAAGCCAAGCAGGUGAACUUCUAGAGAAGCCACUGUCACAUGCAGUUGGGCUAGUUCAGGAUGCAAUAAAAAUGGUUACAGACUCUUACAUGAGGUCUGCUAUAGAUUAUUUUGAAGUGACAAGAGCAAAGCCUUCCCUGGCUUCUACUCUGUUGAUAACUACUUGGUCUAGACUAUCUUUUCACACUACAGAUUUUGGAUGGGGAGAGCCAAUUCUGUCGGGGCCAGUGGCAUUGCCAGAGAAAGAAGUGAUCUUGUUCUUAUCACAUGGUACACAGAGAAAAAGCAUAAAUGUGCUUCUGGGAUUGCCAGCUUCUGCCAUGAAGAUCUUCCAAGAAUUGAUGCAGAUAUGAAAAUUUUACAAGAUUUUUUUUUAAAAUUUUUUAUCUUUAAUUAUGUUUUUUGCUUUUAAAUUUCCCUUGUGGCUUGGUCUUGCCCAAUGGUGUCUUUUUAUAUUUUAUUUUAUUUAUCUACCACAUUUGUGAGGUUAUGUUUAUUGAAAAUUAAAAUUUAUAUUUAUUGCUUUCUUCUUUA